AUGGCGCCCAGUUUCGACACUCUAUCCGAGCAGGACCUCCACGAGGAAGAGGAGGAGGAGAUUGAUUUCUCCGACCUCAAGGAGCAAUAUGAAGUCAAGGUGGAGGAAGGCCUGGAUACCUUUGUUGUGAUCGAUGGCCUCCCUGUUGUUCCCGAAGACAGUCGCCAAAAACUCAUCAAGUUCUUACUGAGAAAACUCAACACCGUUGGCCACACGGCCGAAGAUGCGGUUUUCAUGCCGAUUAACGACAAGGGCAUGUCUGAAGGAUUCGCCUUCGUUGAGUACGAGACCCCCGAACAGGCUGUCGCCGCCGUCAAGCAACUGCACGGCGUCCCUCUCGACAAGAAGCACACCCUGGCCGUGAACAAGUUGAUGGAUAUCGAGCGAUAUGGCCGCGAGGGCCGUGUGGACGAGGAAUACCAGCCUCCUGCCCUGGAGCCAUUCAAGGAGAAGGAGCACCUCCGUUCGUGGAUGGGUGAUGCUAGCGCCCGUGAUCAGUUCGCCCUUUACCGAAACGACAAGGUUGGCGUGUUUUGGAACAACAAGUCCAACCCCCCAGAGAAUGUUGUCGACCGCGCACACUGGACACAACUUUUCGUUCAAUGGUCCCCCAAGGGAACCUUCCUCGCCUCCGUCCACCCCCAAGGUGUCCAGCUUUGGGGUGGUGCCUCAUUCUCCAAACAAAAACAGUUUCCCCACCCAUUUGUGCAACUUAUCGAGUUCUCGCCUCUCGAGGGUUAUUUGACCACCUGGUCCGCCCGCCCUAUCCAAGUUGAGGAGGGUCAGCCCAUCCUGACCUACGAGGAGGAUGGAAAGAACAUCAUUGUCUGGGAUAUCGAGUCCGGAAAGCCUCUGCGAUCAUUCGUUUCCCAUGAUCUUAACGCCGGACCCGCCGCUGAGGGUGAUGUUCAGCCCAAGAAGAAGGUCCAGUGGCCCGCUUUCAAGUGGUCUUCUGAUGAAAAGUACGUUGCCCGUAUGCUCCAGGGCCAGUCUCUUUCGAUUUAUGAGCUCCCCAACAUGAACCUUCUGGGCAAGACGUCCGUCAAGGUUGAGGGCAUCAAUGACUUCGAGUGGUCUCCUGCCACCGUCAGCCGUGAGGGUGUGAAGCAGUAUGAGCAAUUGCUCUGCUUUUGGACUCCCGAGAUUGGUAGCAACCCGGCUCGUGUCGCCAUGAUGAGCGUUCCCUCCAAGGAAAUUGUUCGCACUCGUAACCUCUUCAAUGUCUCCGAUGUCAAGCUCCACUGGCAAUCACAAGGUGCCUACGUCUGUGUGAAGGUCGACCGUCACUCCAAGUCCAAGAAGUCGAUGGCCACCAACCUGGAGAUUUUCCGGGUGCGCGAGAAGGGUGUGCCCGUCGAGGUCGUUGACAGUCUUAAGGACACUGUCAUUAACUUCUCUUGGGAGCCCAACGGAUCCCGUUUCGUUCUGAUCACCACCGGUGAAACUCCCACUGGCGCUGCCGUUCCCCCCAAGACUUCUGUUUCUUUCUUCGCCACCGAGAAGAAGGGUAGCACUGCUGGUAACUUCAAGCUGGUACGGACGAUUGAGAAGAAGACUAGCAAUGGUAUCUACUGGUCGCCUAAGGGUCGCUUUGUCGUCGUUGCCACUGUUCACUCCCAGUCCAACUUCGACCUCGAUUUCUGGGAUAUGGACUUCGAGGGUGAGAAGGUUGAGGCUGAGAAGGAUCUGGCUGCCAACCUCCAGCUCAUGAAGACCGUUGAGCACUACGGUGUGACUGACAUUGAAUGGGACUCAACUGGUCGCUACGUUGUCAGCAGUGCUAGUGUGUGGACUCACUCGAUGGAGAACGGCUGGAAUUUGCACACUUUCUCUGGAAACACCCUUUCGGAAAACCCCACUGAGAAGUUCAAGCAGUUCAUCUGGCGACCGCGCCCCCCUACCUUCCUCAGCAAGGAGGAGCAGAAGCAGGUGCGCAAGAACCUGCGCGAGUACUCCAAGGAGUUCGACGAGGAGGACCGGUAUGCCGUCGACAUCGCCAACACAGCCGUCGUGGAGCAGCGCAAGCGCGUCCUCAGCGAGUGGCUUGCCUGGCUUCGGCGGGAGAUGGAGAUCCAGGCCGAGGAGAGGGAAGCAUUUGGCCUUGCCGAGGAUGCCGACUCACCCAAGCUGGCCAAGGAUGCACCUAUCGGUGGCGAGCAGGAGGGCGACACCGUGGUGGAGGAGAUUGUGGAAGAAAUUAUCGACGAGACCGAGGAGGUCAUCGGUUGA